AUGGCGAAUGCUAACGAAGGAUUACUUUUAAAUCUCGGAAAAUCUAGCGGUGACGUAGUAGGUACGGACAAAAUAUUACAAGAUAAUAAUGAUUUUAAUUGGUUUGAUAAACCAGUGUUUAAAAAAACACCUGAAAUAAAAAAAACUAAUUUCAAACAAUCUGGACAAAAACAAGUGUAUAGGGUUAAACCUUUAAACACAACAGGAGAGAAAACAACAGGUACGACACAGGGUGGAAUAUUAAAAAAUAUAAGUGUACCUAGUAAAUCAGUUUGGAAAAAAUUUAAGGAAUUUAACAAACAAAGCGAUGGGAAUGAUGUCAAGUCGAUGUCAAAUUUUAGUAAUUUAGAAACUAAAAAAACUAAAACUAAAAUUAAAAGUGUUAAAUCGAAAUUUAAAAAAGUUUCAUUUACUAAUGACAGUGAGCCUGAAUUAACAAAAUCAAAUUACCAUGAAUCUGUUGAAAAUGAUGACAAGUUUGAUGCGAAAACAAGUGACAGUUUUGGGGUUGAUAAUAGUAAAAGUAGUGACGAUUAUCAAUUUGACGAUUAUUUUAGCAAGUCAAAAUUUGUGAAAGGCGGUAAGAAAAAUUACAGUAAUAAUCAUGUUUUGAGAAACUUGAAUAAAAGUUUAGAUGAUAAUUAUAGUAAGGUGAAAGAACACAAAAUGGGAAAAGUAACUUCAUUAUUUUAUAACAAUCCUGAAAUACCUAAUAUACCACAUCGAGCUGUGAAACCCAUCAAAGAAGAUGUUUUUUCAAAUCUUAAAUUUGAAGAUUUAAAUCUUCAUUCGUAUAUGGUGAAAUAUUUAAAAGAAUCAAUGGGUUUAACUCAAGUUACAACUGUUCAAGAAAAAUCAAUCCCAGUUUUACUCGAUGGUAAAGAUGCACUUAUCAGAUCUCAAACUGGUAGUGGGAAAACUUUAGCAUUUGCUUUACCCAUGUUACACAAACUGCAAGAAAUAAGGCCAAAAAUUACUCGAUCGGAUGGAAUAUUAUCAUUGAUUGUUUUACCGACGAGAGAAUUAGCUUUGCAAACCUAUGAAGUUUUUAAUAAAUUAGUUAAGUCUUACAAUUGGUUAGUACCUGGUUAUCUUGGGGGGGGGGAAAAAAGAAAAUCAAAAAAAGCAAGGUUGAGAAAAGGUAUAACGAUACUAAUAGGCACGCCAGGGCGUUUAAUAGAUCACAUUCAACACACGAAAGCAUUAAAUUUAGAAAAAGUUUCUUGGUUGGUGAUUGACGAAGCCGAUAGAUUAUUGGAUAUGGGUUACGAAAAAGAUGUUUCGACGCUUUUGGAAACCCUCGAUCGACACGACGAGGACUCGAGUUUACUAAAACCCGAUUAUUUGAAAACGGACGAAGAAAAAGAGGAGAAGGAAAAAGAAAAAGAACCAAAAAGACAUCAUCGGCAAACGAUACUCUUGUCGGCGACUCUGAGUCCAAAAGUACAAAAAUUAGCAGGUCUCAGCCUACGGGAUCCCACGUUCGUGGAUGCUUCCGAUAAAAAUUCAUCUUGUUCAGAUCACGUGCCUUUGGUCAGCAGCGAUAUGGGGGCGGAAACGGAUGCUAUGGUUUUACCAGAGAGCCUAAUUCAAAAAUAUAUAGUGACUCCGCCGAAAUUGAAAUUAGUUUCGUUGACAUCGUUCAUCAUUUGGAAUAGCAAGGUUAGCCAACAGAAAAAAAUGUUGAUAUUCGUCGGAACUCAAGAUAUGGUCGAUUAUUACACGGAACUUUUAUCCACCGUUUUUGGUGGUGUGACGUCUAAAAACGACGAUGAUGGUAACGACACGAAAUCGAACGAGGGUCUGUUAAAUUUCCCAACGUCCGAUAUCGAACUCUUUAAACUUCACGGAAACAUGAAACAAUCGGAUAGGAUGGAAGUUUUCAAAACGUUUAGAAAAUCCAAUAUGGGCGUUCUACUCUGUACCGAUGUUGCGGCGAGAGGUCUCGAUUUACCGGAAGUCGAUUGGGUCGUGCAAUUUACCGGUCCGAUAUCCGUAUCCGAUUAUGUUCACAGAGUCGGUAGAACGGCUCGAAGCGGACAAUCGGGAUCUUCAAUCAUAUUUUUGACACCCAACGAAAUUAAUUUCAUAAGAAAACUUGAAAAUUGUCAAAUACGGGUACGAGAAGAGAAAAUGGAAACUUGUCUGCAACAUUUGGCGGAAAUUAAUACGGAAGGAGGAGGAGGAGGAGGACGACGACGACGUGGUGUCGUGGAAGAAGAAGCGACGAAAUUGCAAUCGAUUUUCGAAAAAUUAGUUUUGGACAAUAAGAAACUGUACGAUUUGGCUUGCAAAGCUUAUUCUUCUUGGUCUCGAUUUUACGCGAGCUAUCCGAGAAACAUGAAAGAUGCAUUUUCGGUUAAAACCGUUCAUCAGGGUCAUUACGCAAAGAGUUUCGCACUUAGAGAUACGCCGUCGGUUAUUGUUAAUUACGCGAGGGAAAAGAACUUGAACGUCAAAAGGUAA